AUGUCGUCCGACAAGGACCAACAGCUCCUCAACGCCCUCAAGAACCCCAGCAUGACAUCGGUCUCCAAAACUCGUCUCCAAGCCCUUAGCGAACAGCUCGUCGUCAAGCCCGCCGACCCUGGCACGUUCGAGGACAUACCCAGAAUACGCCGCAUAGCGGGAGACUCUGCCGGACCGAGAGUGAAGGACAAAGUCGUUAUCAUAACCGGCACCAACUCCCCCCUCGGCAUCGGCCGCGCCUCCGCCCACCAAUUCGCCCACAAUGGGGCCCGCGCCAUCUACAUAUGCGAUUUUAGCGACCAACACCUCUCCGUGCACGUCCGAGAACUACAAUCGCUGUAUCCGGCGGUCGAAGUGCACGCGCGGCAAUUCGACGCCGGGGACGAAGCCGCUGUAGCAGCCGUCGUGGACGAAUGCCUCUCUCGAUAUGGACGGCUGGACAUAUUCUUCGCGAACGCGGGCGCCGUCGGGACGAACAAGCAUUUUGGCGAAGUGGGAGGGGAGGAGUUUAUGAAGACGAUGCGGACGAAUGUGCUGAGCGUGUUCGUGGCGAUCAAGUACGCGGCGGCGGCUAUGAUGCGGACGACGACGUCGGAGGAGGGGGAGGGGGGUAAGAAGAAGUUCCCGUGCGGGAGUAUCAUCGCCACGAGUUCGGUGGCCGGGUUGAGGAGCAACGCCGGCUCGACGGACUAUUCGGCCUCCAAGGCUGCCGUCAGGAGCUUGGUGCAGACGACGGCGUAUCAGCUGAGCGGGACGGGGAUCCGAGUCAACGCGAUUAUGCCGGGGUUGAUCGAGACGGGGAUGACGGCGCCGCUGUUCACGAUGGCGAGGGCGAGAGGGACGGAGGGCAAGGUGGGACAGUUGAAUCCGUUGAGGAGGGGAGCGGUUGCGGAUGAGGUUGCCAGAGUGGCGCUGUUUCUGGGCAGUGACGAGGCGAGUUAUGUUAAUGGGCAGGGGUGGGCGGUGGAUGGCGGGCUGAGUGCCGGUCAUCCCGUUGUGCCUGGGAAGUUGGCGUAA